AUGGUUUUCUCCUUGCAGCCGGGGUUCCUGCGUGAGCGCGAGGAGAAGGCCGCGGAGGAGGUCGCCCAAAGAGCUGAUGCGCAGCGAGCGGCAGGACCCAGGGCUCCACCGCCUCCGGGCCAGGGGCCCAGCGUGGAAGAGCUGGCCCGGCGGAUCGAUGCCCUCAGAGCGGAGAAGGACGAGCUCGGGUCCGAGCUCCAGGCCUUGCAGGACAUCUGCCAGCGCGAGCGGGGCAUCGCCAAGGAUCGGCAGAAGCUUCACCAGAUGGACCUGGAGGAAAUCCACCUGCAGAUGCAGGUCAGGAUGUCUGAUUCGGAACGCUUGUGGAAGAUCGCUAAAGAACGAGAAGGUCGCAUCCAGGAGCUGCAGUUGCGCCUUGUGAAGCGCAAGGAGCAGAGGUUUGCUCAGCCCCGCAUGGUGGGUGCGCGCUCCGAAAUCAUCAGCGAUGGUGGCUUCUCGGACCUCUCGGAAAUCGCGGAUGACAAGAAUGUAUUGGACUUGUACAUCACGCUCGGGCAGAUUGAGGACAGGGCGCUGCAGGAACUUCCUCGACAAGGCGAGGGAACUUGGCAGAUCCCUCCAGAGAACAGCCUGUGCACGCUGGUCAUUGCCGAGUUCAUGCACUGCGAUGUCGGAACUUCCGAGACGGCUGUCGGCCUAAAGCCACGCUACGACUCGUUGUUGUCCUUCGGGCCUUUCGAGGUCGGCGAUGCAGAGGUCGAGCACUUUGCCCGGGCAGCUGUGCGGUUGGAGCUCCAAGCCUUCUCGACGGUGGGCUCUGCUUCCUAUGUCUUGGGCCGAGCCGCUCUGCCUCUGGCUGCCUUGUUGGACUGCACCCCACAGGAUCCCAAUCCGGUCAUUGCGGGCACUCUGUCCUUCGCGUACGAGGUCUGUUGCCGAUGUUCUCCCGCUCGUCUUCUCCCCUUCCUGCAGCGACACAGACAGGCCGACACCCAUGUGCAAAUCGCAACCGUCCGGUACAAGGCGCGCUGA